GCCGGCACCCUCAAAUCCUAUCUUAAGAAAGACAAAAAGGACAAAGACGGCCAACGCGAUAAAGCCGCUGAUCGUCGCCCAGCCAUUCGGAUCAAGAUCGUGGCCCGCUGGUGUCGCCAGUUGAUCUCCGUCCUCAACGAGUUGCAUUUGAAUGACAUGCCCCAUGGCAGCUUGCGACCGGAUGUGAUUCACGUUCAGCACAAUGGCCAGAUCAAGCUCAAAUACAUCACUUCCAUCUCCUCAAAGUCGAGCAAGAAGAGUGGUGCAACCAGCUCCAAAAUGUCCGAGCUCAUGUACCAGAGCCCCGAGUUGGUGACUGAUUGGCAAUCGGACCUGCGCAUCUCAGACGAUAUUUACGCCCUUGGCAUCCUGAUUCUCGAGAUGCUGGUCCCUGGACGCGUGUACGCGGAUUGCGAGAAACCCCUGGACAUCAUUCGUGCCAAGCAAAACCUGGUCCUCCCCACCACCGCGCUCGAGGAUCUGCUUACGCUGCAUGAGAAAGACAACCCCACCUGCAAACAGACCAUGGUCAAGGCCAAGGCCUUUGUCGAGUGCUGUCUCGCCAAGGCAGACCAGCGCUGGUCUGCCAGCAAGCUGAGCGUCCACAAAUGGCUAUUCGAGGUGCCGUCGCUACGAGCUUUUGCUGCACACGCCUUGCUCGCACGCUACCGUAACUCAACCCAAGAUGAGGUGGUUGACAACAAGGAAGAACUUUCCACGCGCUUUCAAGACUGGUACAACCGGGUGCACACGGGCGAGGCCCCCAUUGUUGUGCGCACGCGAGGUGUACCCAAUUCUGAGCUUGAGCCAGAGCUCCGCGAGCCACCAAAUGUUGAAGCGUUUCUGGAGGAGGUGCGCAUCGGGCUACACCCACUGACUGUUGUGCAGGGUCGUGGGCCAAAGAAAGUGACAAAGCCGUCCAAUGCCAACCCCAAAUCGCGGUCCAAAUGCCGCCGUCGUUUGAUUAAGAAUACCUUUGCUGUCCGCGUCGAGCGCAAGCUCAAGGACAACAUCGAAUUCAACAGCCCCGAGGAUGUGGCCCGAGCGCUAUUGUACCUACAGUUCAACGCAACGGACGAUCGUCCACCCGAGAACUUUGUCCACUCCUUCGUGCUCAUUUAUUGCCUGGGCCCUGAAGUCAAAGAAGCAUCGGAGCACGCCAGCGGCUCCAUCACGCCAGCAGUUGGUGAAAAGCAAUUUGUAUAUGGCGCAGGUGCUGGGGCGAAUGGAGCAGCCAGCCACAACACAACCACGGUGGCCGAAAGUCGUCGUAACACUGUCUCACGAGCAUCAGCUGCUCAUGCGGCAGCACAAUCAGUGGCCUCGCACCACGCCACCACGGCGGCAUCUCCGAGCCGGCCGGAGGCCCCCAUCGCUGCUACCCACAACGGCGAGCCCACCGUCCCGCCGGCCAGCGGCAAGGCUGGUGCGGCGGAUGCGGAUAACAGGCGCCGAGUAGGCAGUAUGGCUGGUGAGGAUCGCUCAUCCGUCUCCGGGCCUCCGGGUCAAGGUGUUGAAAGGGGCCGGGAGGACACAUUUGACUCGCGCUGCGUUUGGCGCAAGUUGCUCUUUGACUAUGCAGACAAUGUGCAGGUCGACUACGAUGAAUUAAUGGCCAGCAAAUCGCAAAAGGAGCACAAGAGUGGUUUCCGCCCCAAGGCAAGCAUCGCGGAGAUGAUGGGCAUGGUGAUCGUGGAGCGGAUGACCAAGCACGGCUUGUUGGCGGAUGAGGAGGAGGAUCGUUACAUGCUGGCCGAGGCCAUUGCAACUGAAGUACGCGCCAAGUUUUACCCGGGUCCUCAGCCCGAGGAGAAGUCGAGUGCAAAAGCGAGUUCUGAACGCCACGUGCCCCGAGGGCGCAGCGGUAAGCACGACGAAUUCAGCUCGUUUGCGGCUCAUGACGAUGAGAAAGGCGAUGCCGAAGGCGUUGCGGUGGGGGCUGGCCGUGAUGACAUGGUGUCGGGCCCUGCUGCAAUGGGCUAUGAUGUGAUCUGAACAUCUCAAUAGCGACACGGGUCGCACCAAAUUCUUUGCCGGUGCGUUUCGAUGGUUUUCUUGUGUUGUGCCACUGCUACUCGAGUCAAUUCAUUCAUU